UUAGAAAUGAAGCUGCUAAGCGAACAGCCGCCCAAGUAUCUCAACGAGGAGUUCUUCAAGACAGCCUUAGAGGAUGGGCUGCGUGAGAUGCGUGUGGAGAUAAAGAAAGUGGUGUUCAGUGAAUCGAGCGGCAGUGGAGCCGGCGAGAAUUAUUGCAGCAAGAUCUAUCGGGCUCGGGCGCUCUAUCGCAGCAGCAAGCGGCAGCGGGACGAGGAGCUGCAGCUGAUAGUGAAGAUUAUUGCCAUAACGCCGGCGACGCAGUUCCUGGAGGAGCUGGCCGUCUAUCUGCGGGAGAAGGUCUUCUACUUUGAUGUGCUGGGCAAGCUGCAGGUGCUGAUCGGCGAUGGCUGCCAGUUCGGCGCCAAGUGUCUGCAUACAACGCGUCUGCCCAUCCAGACGAUUGUCUUUGACGAUCUCACGCAGUAUGGCUACAAGCUGGCCAGUCGCCAGUGCGGACUCAAUGAGGAGCACUGCGUCGUGGUGCUCACCAAGCUGGCCAAGUUCCAUGCCAGCUCCAUGCUGCUGGCGGAGAAGGAUCCCGCUCUGCGUGCUCAUUUCAUCAGCGGCAUGCUCGAUGAGCAUUACAUUCGUACCAACGAGCGCUUCAUCAAGUUCAUGACGCUGCAGCUGAGCACUUUGGCCAGCCUGGUGAGCAACUGGCCGGGCCAUGAGCAGCUCGCAUUGAAGCUGCAGCGCCACUGCGACAAUAUCAAGGAGAAUCUAGUGCGCACAGGUCGAUCGCUGCCUGGUGAACUAACUGUGCUCAAUCAUGGCGAUCUUUGGGUGAACAAUGUCAUGUUCAAAUAUCACGAUCAGCUGCCCACCAAACCCAUGGAUGCAAUUUUUGUGGACUUUCAAAACAGUUUCUUUGGCAGUCCGGGCUGUGACAUAAACUUCUUCCUCAACAGCAGCGUCCAGCUGGACGUGCUCAUCCAUCGGCGGGAGUUUCUCAUACAGACUUACUACGCAUCGCUGCGCCAGAGUCUGGAGCAGAUGCACUCACCACUUGUGCCCAGUUUCGAAGAGAUUCAGCAUGAGAUUCACGCUCGUGAACUUUAUGGCUUCUUCUCAGCGUACGCCUUCUUGCCCAUGGUGACCAUGAAGAAGGAGCACUCCCAUGACAUAAGCAUUGAGGCCUUGACCAACGAGGAGUUUGCCAAGCAGAAGGUCCAACUAAUGUUCACAUCGAAUCCACGCACCAUGGACACAUUACGCUUCGCACUUCGACGAUUCGAUGAGUUGGGCAUUUUUGAUUGAUAUGCAUACUUAUGUUACAUACUAUAGUAUUCGAAAUACUUUUUUUUUUUUGUUAGUUUGCAAUUAUUUUUUUUAUAGCUCUAAGGCGU